AGGAAUCCAGGAAGUACAAUGACAGGAAGUAUUUGACAGACAGGUGGAUGGACGAAUCAGCUUAGAGGAUUCGCAGCUUUCGUCCAAUCAUAUUUUGGUAGGCGUUUACAGGCGUCUAAUUGUAGACGCACUUGGAAUAGAAAGGCGUUUUGUAAGACCAUCUUUUAUGAAAGAGGGACGGUGCGCAAACACACCCCAAGACACUGUUUAACUCAAAGUAUAAUUGAUGUACAACCAAGAACAAUUUAUUUCUCAAUUCUGUACUUCCUCUAUUAUGCAAUAGAUAACAAUAGGUUAAGUGAGGCACUGUAUGUGCAUUUUGGAAUGUUUUCAAAUUAUUUUUUUUCUUAGCAGGGCUUUUUAUCGUAUCAGUUGCACAGGUGAGACUUCAGCCUAAAAAAGUUCAGCGCGACCGCAUCACGCGUCAUGGAGUUGGAAGCUGCUGACGUAGCGAUGACGCAGCUCGCUUCAGUCCAAACAAAGUUGCCUCUGUUACAGCGGGAUUCCCUUCUCACAAUGGAAACCCUUCACCGCUCAGAGAGAGCAAUGGAAUCAGAUGAAACGCAUCCUAAUCUAUUGAAACUUUCCCUGAGGAUGAUGCAGGUAGAAACAGAAAUGGCGUCACUGUUUUGAACAGUUUCUAGUCCUGCAUCCGUAGAUGCAAAGAGGUAAAACGAUUUUGUACUUUUACAAUGCGAAAUAUUUAUGCUUAUAUAUUUUCUCUUUACUUUAAUCUUUUUGUUUAGGAGCAAAGAAGACUCAUUUAACCUAUGGAUUUCCCCCGCAUACAAUUUCCAUUCAAUUCUAUAAGAAUAUUGCAAUAGUAGAGCAAUGCCUUGUGCUCUGCACCCUUUUAUUAUUGUAAUUUUAAUUUAAUUCUUAAUUUUUUAGGUGUGCUGAAAGAAGAACAUUUAAUUUGCCAGCUGUCAUCGCUGAAUGCCUUUAUGAAUAUGAUAAAACAGAAGAUAAAAUCUUUGAUUUGUUAUGUCCAUGCUGACUGGCGAUUCCCCAAAUAGCUUAUUCUACAACAACAACAACAACAACAAUAACAAAAAUCCAUUUCGUCGCUUUAAAUGAGUGAGAUCUGAUCUCGUGUCGUGUAGGUGGUUUCUAUAUUUGGAAAUGAUUUUGCGCAACAGAUAAUGUGUUGGAAAUUCAACUCAUUUGACCUAGUGGACAGUCCCGCAUAUGCAAACGCGCAGAGGAUUGAAUUGCGCACAGUGCGCAUUGAGCGCGCUGAAGAACAGUGCCUCUGUCCAGUGAUCAGCUCGCGUCAAGAGUUGACGCGCCUGACGUCACGCCCUCUUAGCACGUGGGCUGUGGCAUUCAGAGUUCUCAUAAACAAAGGCACAUUGCGCUCGGGCUCCAGUCUUCGCGUGCAGUCGAAGGAGUAAGGUGCGCAGAGGCAGCGGCUCUACAUGCAAACGGAACUUCUAUCAACAGGAGCAGAUUCAUGGAUACAUAAUUGGCAUCGCUUCUAAUAGUGACUAGAGAAACGCAAACGAACGGAGAGACACCGACCUGCACAAGAGCCCUGACUUCAGAGAUUGUUCCACGAGAGAUAGAAGUAGCAGGUGUGCGGAGCCAUGCCCUGCGUCCAGGCUCAGUAUGGGACAUCACCUCCAGGAGCCAGCCCUGCAUCUCAGAGUUACAGCUACAGCACCACGGGAGAGUACAACUGCGACUUCCUAACCCCGGAGUUUGUCAAGUUUAGCAUGGACCUGACUAACGCAGAGAUAGCUGUCACUUCCUCGCUCCCCAGUUUCAGCACCUUUGUGGACACCUACAGUUCCAGCUACGACGUGAAGCCUCCCUGCCUCUACCAAAUGUCCCACUCUGGGGAUCAGCUGUCCAUCAAGGUGGAGGAGAUACCCGCACACAGCUACCAUCAUCAUCAUCAUCAUCAGCAGCAGCAGCAGCAGCAUCAUCAUCAUCAUCAGCCGCACCAGGCUGAGGAGAGCAUACCCCAUACCGGACCUAUAUACUAUAAACCAUCGUCCCCAAACAUCUCCCAGUCGCCCAGUUUCCCAGCGCCUCCGCACCACACGUGGGAGGACAGCGGGUCCCUUCACAGCUUUCACCAGAACUACCUUGCGACUUCACACAUGAUAGACCAGCAGCGGAAAAGCGCGAUGUCUCGGUUGUUCUCGUUCAAGCAGUCUCCUGUUGACACGCCGAUGUCAAGCUGUCAGAUGCGCUUCGAUGGAUCUCUGCACGUGUCCAUGGGCCCGGACACCCCGGGUGCGCAUCGUCCGCUGGACAGUUUUGCUUUACCGGGACCUCCGAGGAAACAGCACGCUGUGGGGUUAUCCCAUUCGCUUAACGUCGGACAUCCCUUACUGGAAAGCCCGGUGGCCUCACCCCCGGCAAGAGGAUCGCCGUCCAGCGAGGGUUUGUGCGCUGUGUGCGGGGACAACGCAGCCUGCCAGCACUACGGCGUGCGCACAUGCGAGGGGUGCAAAGGCUUCUUCAAGCGCACGGUGCAGAAAAACGCCAAAUAUGUUUGUCUGGCGAACAAAAACUGUCCUGUGGAUAAAAGGCGGCGAAAUCGAUGCCAGUAUUGCCGUUUUCAAAAGUGCCUGGUCGUAGGGAUGGUAAAGGAAGUUGUGAGAACAGCCAGUUUAAAAGGUCGAAGAGGUCGCCUCCCCUCCAAACCUAAAAGUCCGCAGGACGUCCCUGUCUCUAUGACACCCGUCAAUCUGCUGAACGCCCUGGUGAGAGCGCAUAUAGACUCCAACCCCUCUAUGGCCCGGCUGGACUACUCGAAAUUUCAGACGAGCCCGGAGUAUCACAGUGGAGGAGAUGAAUCUCUGCACAUUCAGCAGUUCUACGAUCUUCUCACUGCUUCGAUGAGCAUCAUUCGCGGAUGGGCCGAAAAAAUCCCCGGGUUUGCUGACCUUCCCAAAUGCGACCAGGAACUGCUUUUCGAGUCAGCCUUCCUUGAACUCUUUGUGCUGCGGCUGGCUUACAGAUCUAACCUGGCAGAGGACAAACUUAUUUUUUGCAAUGGAGUGGUUUUACACAAGUUGCAGUGUGUGCGAGGCUUCGGGGAGUGGAUCGACUCUAUCGUUGAGUUUUCUUCCAACCUUCAGAGCAUGAGCAUAGAUGUCUCUGCCUUCUCCUGCAUAGCCGCUCUCACCAUAGUAACAGAGAGACACGGACUAAAAGAGCCGAAGAAAACAGAAGAACUUCAAAACAAGCUAAUAAACUGUCUGAAGGAGCAGGUGUCCUGCAGUGGUGAAUUGUCUAAACUGUUGGAGAAGCUGCCGGAGGUGCGCGCGCUGUGCACGCAGGGACUGCAGCGCAUCUUUUACUUGAAACUGGAGGAUUUGGUCCCCACGCCUGCGAUCAUUGACAAACUCUUUCAUGACACUCUGCCGUUCUGAACACUGCAGCUGAACUGCGACUUUCGAUGUGUCGGACUUGAAGGAAUGAAACUGGAGGAUGGGAUUUUUUUAUGUUCGGAGCACGGGGACAGUCCUGUUCAAGAGAACCGCGGAGGAAAUAAUAUCGAUAGAUUAUUCAAAUAUUGAGGAUAAAAUAUUGGACUAUUCUUCUGAUUGUUUAAAGUGUAUUCAGAAAAAAUGCGGCGUGGUGGAAGUGUAUUUGUAUUGUUACGCGUCAUAUUGUUUAUGUUACCUGCAAAGCAUUUCUAUACAACUUCACACAUGCGAGAUGUAGCCUAAUGAUUUAAGAGAUCAAAAUCAUUUCGACAAGGUACUUUAACCACUAGCCAAUGAAGUCUUUCUGCAUUAUAGUGUAUAGAGAUUGUUACAAGAGGAUUACCUGAAACAUUUCAGACUUCAGAAUGGAUAUAGAGCACGUUUUUGUGUUUAUGAUUUCGAGUAGUGAAUUAUACUAUUGUUAUUAAGACAUGAAUCGCCUUUUUACAGUUCAGAAAGUAUGCAUGGAAUUCGUUAUGAGCUAUUAACUUUCUCCAGCACUUUGUAUUAAUUUCAUAUUGAAAUAAUGUCCAUGAGGUUUACGUGCAACCGGUUUCAAAUUCUUAACAUUAUGCUUAUAUAUUUCAGAUCGUUGUUUUCUAUGAUGUUAUGGAUUUUGCACUGCAUUAUAUGUUAAGCUUCUCUCAUAGUGUAUUGCUGAAUAAACCUAACUAUUAUA